AAGAAAUUUUUUAAAUCUCUCUCUCUCUCUCUCUCUCUCUCUCUCUCCCCCUCUUACUUUCCCUCUCUCUCUCUCUCUCUCUCUCUCUCUUUAUCUUUCACUCUCACGUCCCAUUUUUUAUUUCUCUUCGUUGGUGGGUGUCACUCAUCGAUUCGUACCGAGAGUGUAGUUCGCUCUCUCACCAGGGACGGUCGAUGAAAGAGAAUGAAGGGAAUCAGUGACAAGAGGAAAGAGGAUGACGCUCAUAGGACAUUUGUACAAAACGAACGCCCUUCAUUCGGACGAUUUCGCUCUUUAAACAGCUGUUCGAGCAUGGGUGUCCGACGAUCAGGCUCCGGCGGAAGUCGAGGGAACGCCGGGAUAUUGAAGGAAAGGGCAAACAUGUCCUUCAUGCUGGUAGUCAUGUUCUUCGCCGUUUUCGGUUUGAUCGUUCUCACAGAAAUAUUCCUGAUCGACGAAAGACGCGGUGUAAAUCUGAGCGGUACAGGUGCAUUAGGUGGUCACAGAAACGGACACCGUUUGCCGGCGGCACCAGAUCGUCCAGAUUACGGAGAAAUCGGAGCUGAAGACUACGUCGGCUUAAAGGGUACCUUCGACGAUCAUAUCGGUUUAUUGGUUCACGGUGAGGAAGGCGGACAGAAGGCAGCGAUUCACGCAGAUCCGAGGAUCCUACCAAGCUUACCGCCUAGUUUGGAAGCUCGUUUACCGCAAUUAGACCAAAGCUUGAGGGUUACGCAUGCCGAAUGGUUACCAGUUACCAAUACCAGAUUUAAAUUCUUCGUUUAUUCGGCAUAUUACGAUGAUAGAGUAGCUGGUAACAGUGCAUCUGGAAACGUUAAUAAGGGGAUAGUACGAGUAAUAAGUGCAACGAAAACUCGAGGUCCGGAACGAGUAUGGUGCAGACUUUGGUAUCGUCAACAAAACAGUGGAAAUGUAACAGCUUCGGUAACGGUUGCUGCUAAAGUGAAGGUGAUCAGAGAAAAUUGGAAUUUGAAAUAUAGCGCCUGCUUCGUUAUCUGCCCUUUACCAAAGGAAUCGAUCAUGGCUGACAGUAUACCGGAAGCCGUUAGCGUCGUAGCUAGAUUAAGAGCGUCUCCAACCAAUCGAAUCCUUGUUUUGAAUCGACCUGAGGAUAGGUUGAAGGACAGAGAACCAUUAGCAGUAUGCGUGAAACCUUUGCAUUACGAUUAUAAUCGGGUAUUGCAAUUGGUAGAAUUUAUCGAGCUCUACAGAUUACUUGGUGCAACUCACGUUACUCUUUAUAACGAUACCGUUGGUUCUGAAGCUGAUUGUGCCCUCAAGUAUUACGAGAAUAAAGGUCUGGUAACUAUAUUACCUUGGCACCGUUUGGACAUGAUUUCUCAGCGAGAAAUACGAACGGAAGGACUUUUCGCGGCUUUGAACGAUUGUCUUUAUCGGUCCAUGUAUAAGUAUGAAUACGUAGCACUUGUCGAUCUCGAUGAGUUCAUCAUACCACGUCACAAUGACACCAUAGUCGAUCUUAUAAGAUGGAUGAGCAGUCGUAUAAAUACCAAAUCAACGGGAGCAUAUUCCUUUCAAAAUGCAUUUUUUUAUUUACAAUGGGCGGAUGAUCCGUUCGUAGUUAUGAGCAGGACACCAACCGAAGCUGGGUUGAUCACGUUAAGAAAAACUAGACGAAGAAGUAAGUUACAUCCUCACAAGCAACGAUCGAAAUAUGUUUGCAAGCCUCAGGGAGUCGUUGAAGCUGGCAAUCAUUUCGUUUGGGAAUUCAUACCUGGACAUGGUACAUUGAACAUGCCUUUGGACGCUGCUAUAUUACAUCAUUAUCGAGUAUGCGAGUUUGGUGGGGACGAUUGCAUAAAAACACCUUCGGUGGUUGACAGAACGGCCUACAAAUACAGGGAUAGGCUAGCAAAUAAUGCCGAUAGAACUUGGAUGGAGCUUAGUAAUGAAUGUACCUUGCCCGAAUUGGAUCCCGUGCCAAUAAUGACGCCACGAAUAAAAACUAGCCCACUGGGGAAGUCAGUUAGGUAGCGAAAGACUAUCGUUGAAGUCCCAUGGGACAUUAGGAAUUUUACCGGCACGCCGAGGGUCGCCAGGACCUAUUUUUACAAUUAUGGUAACCCUUGAUCGAUCGAUUAACAAAGUCGACGAAUCUUUCGUGGGAGAGAUGUCUGAUCAGAUUUCAUCAGGGUAAUCGUAAAUACACGUUCUUACUCUGUUGGUUUACAUACAUACGUCCGGAAGCUCAAAAUUCAUUCUUCCGUGUUGGAUUCACGUUCGAAGAAUUCAUUAAAUAUAUCCAUGAUAAUACUGAUCGGAGUUAUUGUGUUGGGGAUAACCGAGAAUGAUAUCGCCAGAUCGACGUUGCCUUCGUUGAUCGAGGUCCGAUCGAAGAAUUCGAAUUCGUUCGUUUCGCGAGAUUAAACAUACAGGGGUGUUCAUCCGGUAAAAAGUGGAUCAACAAUAUUUUUCUACGUGGACUCAAAAAAAUCGGGUCACCCCAUACGUCGUCUCGCGUUUAUUUUAUUAUCUAACGUUUGAUUAUUUGUUCUUGAAGCUUUUUUUUCAUCGUUUUUUUUUUUAUUUCCUUAUAUCUCUAUGCGCCCUUUCGGAACGUUUUAUCGAGUUUACACCGGCGGCAAUCAGGAUUCUAUUUUUUUUUCUUUCUUACUUCCUUUCUUUUUUUCUUUUUUCUUUACUUUUAUGGAUCCAAUACUUUCUGUCUAUCGUUCUGAAAUUAUUAUUAGCAAGCAAACGAAGAUUUACUCGAUAGACUGCAUUGAAAGUUAAACACAUCAUCGCUUAAACAAACUGCAUUCAAAUAACACUUUCAGCCUCUCUAAAUGUUGCACAAUAAAUACAGUAAAUAUAUUCAAAGUUAGAAAAAGUAUCGAUAAUAGUACAUAAAAUGUUCUCGAACGAGUCGAAUUUUAUUUUCACUGUAUUUUUAUCUGUACGUUAGAUAGAAAGUAUGAUGAUCCAAAAUAUGCGAUAGUAAAUGUCAAUAAUAAUCUGCUGCCUAUUAGGCCUUUAACGUAUAUCGUACAGCUAAUAUUAUUUUUUCGUUGGACAUAUGAGCUAUACUAUUAAUUAAUUUACAUAUCCAUGAGAUUAAUUAUUUCAACAAAUGCUGCCAUUUAAGAUUAUUAUCGCAGAACAUUACUCGAUUACUGUUAACUAUUUGCUGAUGUUGUUGCUGCUGAUAAUGAAUUAUAUCGUUGUAGAGAGAAAAAUAUCUCCUUUAACAGAAGACUGUUAAUUCGCUAGUCAUGGCCUAAUUUUUUCGGUCUAAGGUCUUUUAACCACAUUGGCAAUAAACCAAUACACCAGCUCAACAUUUUCAAGGUCCUUUUCUCGUUUCGAUAAUUAUCAAUUAUUCCUUUGAUUUGAUCAUGAACAAAAAAAAAAAAAAAGAAAAAGGAAAAAAAUAUUUCAAAUGUACUUCGAAAUUUUUUUUUUGUCAUCUCAUUUGAUCGUUUCAUUGUGAUCAAUUUUAUACCAUAAUGACAAACGUUGAAAGAUUAUUGUGAAUAUAGAUCAUGAAGAUUAUAAGUUUCGCUCGUUUCUUUGGUUCAGAAUAUCCUGUUCUUUCUUUUUUCUUUUUUUUUUUUCUAACGAGCGCUCUCAAAAUCCGCACAACGUGUUUAAACGAACUCCCUAUGCAUAUCCAUAGGAACAAUAUCUGACGUAGACGUAGUUAAUGUAUGUACAAUGUGUACUUAGAAAUUCUUAAUAUUAAAGACCCAAUAGGAGAGUAUUAUAGAAAAGAAUAAUAACGAUUUAUCGCUAAUUAUUUAUAUCUCGGCAUUGUUCAUUAUCAAUGAAUGCAUUGCUCGUCGAACGAUCAUAAACGGACAUUAUUAUCAUUACUAUUAUUAUUAUUAUUAUUAUCAGUUUUUUAUUAUUAUUAUUAUUAUUAUUAUUACUAUCAUCAUUAUCAGUAUUAUUAUCAUUGAAAAUCAUGCGAAUUUUUUGCCUAUAUUCUACGCUAUAUGUAAUAUCUAUGGAAUAGGUGUACGAUGGUACUUAUCCUUUUUUUUUUUUUUUUUUUUUUUUUUAUAAUACACACCAAAUAAAGCUAAAGAAAAUUACCGAUCAGAGUAACGAUUCUGUUGAUACUGUUGAAUCAUCAAGAUUAAAAUUGUUUUCAAUUAAAAAUCUUCGUCGGAAUGAUCGACCUUGCUGA